GCACAAACAAGAAACACAUUACCUGAAGGAAAAAAACACAACUUUUCUUCCAUUUCUUCAUCAUCCAUUCCUUGUACCUGCAAUUUCUCCUUCACGCGAAAAAAAAGAACGAAAAAAAUCCACAUUUUUUUGUACGGAUUAUUUUACCAACCUUUCUGGCUCCGAACCCAGCUUGAUUGUUUUUUUUUUUUUUGCCUUAAUGCCGGUAGGUAUGAGGCGUGAGAGGUAACAAAUUAAAAUGGUCACAGAGGAACGCGUGAUUCAGAAAUCAUGGUCUUUCAACUUCAGGAAGAUGUUUGAGCUCCCAGGGAGGAAAGCACAGAGCAUGGUUUUAGAGGUGAAUGACAACAAUGGCAGAGAAGGUUCAGACGAGAGGCUAAACAAGAGCGAAAGUGGAAGAUUGCGGACCCCACCAUCAUCAGACAACCAGAAUAUAGGGAGUGUUUUUCGACAGGGCGAGAAAGGGCCUGUUUCGCGGUUGGGCAAGUCAGGACACCAGAAGGAUAGAGAUAUGGAACAGAUGAAAGAAAGGUUUGCUAAGCUGCUUUUGGGAGAGGACAUGUCUGGAGGAGGAAAGGGUGUUUCUUCUGCUUUGGCUUUGUCCAAUGCCAUCACAAAUCUUGCUGCUUCUGUUUUUGGAGAGCAGUCCAAGUUGGAGCCAAUGUCUGCAGAUAGGAAGGCAAGAUGGAGAAAGGAGAUAAGCUGGCUUUUGUGUGUGACAGAUUACAUUGUUGAAAUGGUUCCUUCUCAACAAAAAGCAAAGGAUGGAUCAACCAUGGAGAUAAUGUUGACCCAACAAAGAAAAGAUCUUCUCAUGAACAUACCUGCCUUAAAGAAGCUUGAUGCCAUGCUCAUUGACUGCUUGGACAAAUUUUCAGACCAGACUGAAUUCUGGUAUGUCUCAAAAGAUGCAGAAGAAUCAGAGAAAGGCGUACAGAAGAACGACAAAUGGUGGCUUCCAACGGUUAAGGUCCCACCAAGUGGUCUCUCUGAUUCAGCAAGAAAAUGCCUUCAGUACCAGAAAGAUUGUGUGAACCAAGUCCUGAAAGCAUCCAUGGCCAUAAAUGCUCAGAUCUUAUCAGAGAUGGAAAUCCCAGAAUCCUACAUUGAGUCUCUCCCAAAGAAUGGUAGAGCAAGUCUUGGAGAUUCGAUAUACAAGAGCAUAACCGUUGAGUUUUUUGAUCCAGACCAGUUCUUGUCAACAAUGGACCUGUCAUCUGAACACAAAGUUGUUGACUUAAAGAACAGAAUAGAGGCAUCUAUAGUAAUAUGGAAGAGGAAAAUGCACCAGAAGGAUGGAAAGUCAUCUUGGGGUUCAGGUGUUAGUUUGGAGAAGAGGGAGCUUUUUGAAGAAAGGGCAGAAACAAUCUUGCUCCUACUCAAACACCGUUUUCCCGGGCUGCCUCAAUCUUCCCUUGACAUCACCAAAAUCCAAUACAACCGAGAUGUAGGACAUUCUGUUCUGGAGUGUUACUCCAGGGUGCUAGAGAGCUUAGCCAACACUGUAAUGUCUCGAAUAGAAGACGUCCUUUAUGCAGACUCUCUCUCACAAGAUCCAUCCCUUGUGGCAGUUAAACGGAAACCACCACCACCUGAUUCUGGCUCGCCUCCACCGCCAGGGGGUGGGGAACCCAACCCCCCUGAAGAGACAGCCACAGGAUCACCAAGCUCAAUGACAUUAUCAGAUUUCAUGGGAUGGAACAUAGAUACCAGAGAGACAGGACUACUGAAGAAGACAAACUCAAUGGGUAAUGCAGACAAGGAUGAAAGCCAGAGAAGCUCCAUUGUCAAGCCAACAACAACUAGCAUUACCCCAAAGAAGUUCUCUUACCUGGAAAAGAUAGAAAGUGGCUUAAGGAGUCCAACGGCACGCCACUAACAACAUUAGAGAUGAAUCAGAUGAGAAGAGAAGCACAAAUACAGUACAUAUAUUCUAGAAUUAAAGACUGUAGUCGUGG